ACCAUUAAACCUCAGAGGAAGAAGAUUAGUUGUGUUGUGACACUGACUAACUGUUAGAAGUGUACUUUUAUUAGAUAGACAGAUACAUGUUGAAUCAGGUCAAUAAAUAAUAUUUCCAUCCUCAUAGACGUGAGUAAGUUUUGAAGCAAGCAGGAAUAUCUGGAGGAGUAUCAAGUGAACUGAGAUCUGCUGCUGUGAAGAUGGUGUUUGUUAAAGAGGAGAGUGAGGAGGACAUGAGUGAACCAGAACCCUGGAGAAUAAAACACGAGGAACAAGGAGGUCUGGUGAAAGUGAAAGAGGAAAGAGAAGAUCUGAAUGAAGUGGAGGAGAAAUAUCAGCUUCAGAAAGCUCAUGAUGACACCGCUGAAGAAAAAUCAUUGAGUUGCUCCAAAACUGAAAACAGUUGCUCACAAGUCACUAGACCUUUCACCUGUUCUCAGUGUGAAAAGACUUUUAAACAUAAAAGAAGCCUUUGGAGUCAUAUGAUAAUUCACACAGGAAAAAAGCCUUAUACCUGCUCCCAGUGUGGAAAGAGUUUUACACAGAAAGGAAUCCUUACGUGUCACAUGUUGAUUCAUACUGGGAAAAAGCCUUUCACCUGCUCUCAGUGUGGGAAGAGUUUUACGCAGAAAGGACACCUUAAUGAUCAUUUGCUUACUCACACUUCAGAAAAGCCUUUCACCUGCUCUCAGUGUGGAAAAACUUUCAGACAUAAAGGAAGCCUUAAGACUCACAUGUUAAUUCAUACUGGAAAAAAGCCUUUCAGCUGCUCUCAGUGUGGAAAGAGUUUCACACGUAAAGAAAUCCUCAAGAAUCACAUGUUAAUUCAUACUGGAAUAAAGCCUUUCAUCUGCUCUCAGUGUGGAAAGAGUUUUAAACAGAAAGCACACCUUAAUGAUCAUUUUCUAAUUCACACUUCAGAAAAGCCUUUCACUUGCUCUCAAUGUGGAAACACUUUCACACUUAAAGAAAACCUUAAGAAGCACAUGUUAAUUCAUGCCGGAAUAAAGCCUUUCACCUGCUCUCACUGUGGAAAGAGUUUUACACAGAAAGGACACCUUAAGGAUCAUUUGUUAAUACACACUUCAGAAAACCCUUUCACUUGCCCUCAGUGUGGAAAAUCGUUCACACGUAAGGCAAACCUUAAGAUUCACAUGUUAAUUCAUACUGGAAUAAAGCCUUACACCUGCCCUCAGUGUGGAAAGAGUUUUACACAGAAAGGACACCUUAAGGAUCAUUUGUUAAUUCAUACUUCAGAAAAGCCUUUCACCUGUUCUCAGUGUGGAAAAUCUUUCAGACAUAAAGGAAGCCUUAAGUAUCACAUGUUGAUUCAUACUUGAAAAAGGCCUUUUACCUGCUCUCAGAGUAUAAACACUUUCACACAUAAAGGACGAGAAUUUCACCUCCUCUCAAUGUGGAACGACAUGAGAACUCACACUGAAGAGAUGCCUUACGCACAUCAUUCAUGUGAGAAGAGUUUUAAAUAGAACACAAGCUCAUCUGCACCAUUCUUAAAGCCUCGUUUACUCUGCACGCAUCUGUGGUGCGUUACGGCUGUGACGCGGUGCGUUUUGCGAAGCGUCCCAGAAGUGGCUCGCCGCUUCGCUAAAGAUAGGUGCCUCGCCUAUUUUUGACAGAUGCCGCGUCCAAGACGCACAGCUCAAAUACAAAAUAAAGUCAAAAUAACCCUGUGUAAACUCCCGCUCAUAUUUCACAUCACUAGGUGGCCAGAAACUGACGACAAGUUGAAAAACUUUAAAUUUCUUUGUUCUUGUUGUCCAUAACUGGACUUUUAAGUGUAUUAACUUCAUCUGCAGGCUACAGCAAAAUAAAAUAUGGCAUAGCAAUAAACCAGACAAAAUAUAACAAUUUAGCCAUUAAAAACAUGAAAAAUCAACGUAAACAACGUUGGACAAGCAAAUCUAGUGGUCUCGCGAAUCCAGCCGCUUCUGAAAUGCUUCUGAUGUGAGUUGAGACCACGUAGAGGACAGAACAAAACCUUGCCGGAGCCGUAAUGCGCCACACAGGCAUGCAGUGUAAACGAAGCUUAAACAAAGCUUUAAUCUGCAGAAAGUCAAUUUAAAGGUACAGUAAGCAAUUUCUGAGAAACGCUGUUGAAAUAGGAUCGGAUUGAGCCGCACAACACUCAUCACCAAUCAGCAAUAGGGGGUGGUCCACUCAUAAUGGGGGAGGAGAGAGAGUGAGAAAGGGAGAAACUGUAGAAAAAGAGAUGGCUGAGAGACAUUACAAAAAAAGAAAAGCUCAGAGAAAUAUAACUGGAAAAAAGAAGGGUUAUGAUUUUAUCCAUUCAUUUACAUGACAAUGGCAUUUAAGGGGCCUAAAAAUGCAAAGUUAUAAAAACGUUUUUCAAAGUUCAAGUUUUUGAAAAUAAUGUCCACCAAGAAUAUGGGAACGUUGUGUUAUGUACUGUGAGGAGGUACAAUUUAUUGUUUUUACAGAACGUCUGUUUUCCAGAAUUUUCUGUUCACUAUACUGUACAUAACUUACAAACAGACAUGUAAGUUUACAUGUAACACAUUGCUUCACAAAUAAAUGUACUUUAUACAUA